AUACAAUAGAAUUGUAUAUUGUAUUUUCAAGUUUAAUUCUGUGAAUUCUGAUUCCUGAGUUCAAACGAGUUAAACACAGUCAGACGACGACGACGAGCUAAAAUGGAAUCUACAACAAGUUCUAGUUCUACAAGACUGUUGGAGGAGGACAUACCCACUGAUUUUAAAGCACUAUGGCUGAACACAACAUUGAAAUUUGUAAAAAAUCAUAAACAAUCACUUUUAAAAUAUCCAGAGAUGCCUGCUCACAGAAUAAAAUUCCUGAAAGUUAUGAUAACAACAUCAAAUACAAAUGGAUUGUUUUCUCCACUUUGGGAAGCAUUAAAAAUAAUGGGCUUAAAAUAUGAUUUUCGAAUGUAUGUUGAACGUACAGGGUCUGAGCAAGGACAUUUGUAUUUGGAGAAAAUACUAAAGAAAGAAGAUGUUAACGAAAAUAGAGAGAGCAAACCAGAAUCAUGCACAGUAUCCAAAGGACAGAAGAAGAGGGCAAAAAAGAAACGAAAUAAAAAAGAAUUUAUGCAAACAGUUAGAGAACAAGUGGAUUCGAUAUCGCCAUCAUUUGUUAAGAAUACAUUAAAUAAGAUUUUCGAAUUUGUCGAAGAUGAGGCACAGGCUAGUUUGCCGUUUGACAGUUUGUCGCGGGUGGAGGCGCAGUUUAUAUAUAAUAUAAAUGGUAUUUUAAAGCGAAAAGACGCAAUGAAGGAACUAUUCUCGCCAGUUUGUAAUAUAUUAUGGAAGAAAAUAGAUGACACGUUGAAAGAUGCAACUCAUUUUGCGCUUGAAGUAUCCAGCAUCAAUGUUGAUCCUGAUACAGCUAAGAGACAGAUGACGUUGUUUAAAACACCCAAGUUUAGUAAUAAGAAAACGGAAGAAAUAAAUGAAAGUGUAGACUCUGACAUAGAAAAUGAGAGUCAUCCGAAUAUGGAAUAUGGAGACAUAUCUGCUCUUAACAGCUUGAAAUUAUUGCAAUCCAUUGAAAAUUGUAUAAAGAAAGACUCAACACACCAAGCAACACAUAUAAAUAACGUUAAAACAUUAAAAAGUAAUAUGCUUCUAGAAAGUAACAAUUUACUUAACGAAUCAACGAAUAGUGGAGAAUUAGAAGUAAAUAAUGUGAAAACAGUUAUAAAUACUAAAGACCCAACAAUAGAUAUGAAAUCAGAUGCAAUAAACAAUAAAGAAUCAACAAAUAGAAAGCCAAUAUUAAAUAGUAAUCCAGUUAUAGAUAAAGAAUCCGGUAUUGAUGAUAUUGAUAGAGAAAUAUCUAAGUUAGAAAUAAAUUCAGUUAAAAUACCGAUAGUAGAAAAGAUUGUUGUUGGAAGAAAGAGAAAUAUAACGAUACAGGUGCCGACUGUGUCUAGGCACAGCGCAUUAAACGAAAUGAUGAACUCAUCAAGGCUGCCCAAGCCUAAGGUGAAAUUAAUUGAAGGCUUAACGAAACCUUUGGAGAGUGAAAAGGGUUUAAGAAUGAUGCGUAGUAUGGGAUGGGAUGGCGGUGCUUUAGGGACGCGCGAGGGGGGGAUAACAGAACCGAUAAUGCCGGCUUUGCAUCUCACAGCCAAAGCCGGCCUCGGCCACGUUGGUACCAACAAAGUCGUAAAGUUCCAAAAUAGCCUGGAAUAUCGCGUACACAUCUUAGAGAAUAUACUAAAUCUCCUAAAUAGUAGUGCAACGGAAUUCGUGAUUGACUUCUGUGACCCAUUGAAAAAAAAGGAGAUUAAUUUCCUUGGUCAUGUCGAUCGUGCGCUGAAGAGCAGAAAACAAAUCGGAGUCAAUAGUGAGAUUGAGGAAGAGAUGGUUAAGGGAAUUUUAGCUUUUUUGUCCUCGAAACUGGAUUUGAUGCUCGAUAUAAAGGUUGUUAAUAAAAGACAAGUUAAAUUAGAAAAGAAAUCAAUUUUAAACGUACAAAACGAAACAAAACAAAAACAAAGUGUUUUUGUGUUUGAGAAACGUCUUGAGACCACUUUAAGUUUACCAAAUGCUGGUAAAAUAAAAGCAAAUAAAACUGUUCGCGGGGAACAUGAAACUCUAACAGAUGAAGAGAUACUUUCUCUGUUAGAUCUAAAAGAGCAAGUGAAAAUCUCAAAGAAAUCUAUGAACAAACUUAAGAUACGAUUGUUUAUAAUUAAAUCGUUCUUGGAUUUUAUCAAAAGCGACUCUGAUAAUGUCAUCUUGAAAUGUAAAUUGUCGUCACCUAUGAGGAAAUAUAUACAUGGAUUGAGCUCAGCCAUAAAUAGCAGAACAGAACACACAUUUCGGUUCAGUAUAGAAACGUUUGUUUGGUUGGAUAUCGUGCAGUUUUUGAAGGGGAGAGAGCUUUAUCUCAUGGUCCAAAUGGAUUCUAGGUCCUUUGGUUUGAAUAAAGUAUCAAAAAGCAAUGCAAACUUUACGAAUUAUGAAAAUUAUGCAGAGUCCACUGGAAGCAGUGAAAGCAGUUUCACGACUUAUUCUAAAGAUGGCGAAGAAGAAAAGAAUCAACAAAGUGAUGUUCCAAAUAUAUUUUAUUUUGGUAAUAAUAUAAAUAAUGUGUCCAAUGAUUUGUCCGAACAUUCCAAAUUUAAAAUAGAUGAUAGCACAAAUAACACAAAAAGCUCGGUAAUAAACGUGAGAAUUAUUCAAGUAAUGGGCAAACCGAUGACAAUUGACACGGUGAAGGAUAUUCAAACUCGAAUUUCGAACGCGAUUGUCUCCCCGCCAUUGCCGAUGUUGAAAUGUCACGGUGCCAAAAGUGACAGCUUGAUCUACAGUUGUUAUGAUAAAGACAGUUACCAAUUCUUAAAGGAGGUUUUAAAGGAUUUUCAAAUUGUCGAGUACGAGAUUAGUAGUCUUUUCAAAAUGGCAGCUAAAUUCAAAUCUAACGCGCCGUUAUCAAAAGUGUUACACUGGUUACAGUUAUAUCAUAAUUUGGAUGUUUCCAAUUGGAAUAUAUUAAGUACCUCAAUAAGCAGUAAUAGUUUCACAGUGUCUAUGGAUUUUGAUUCUUUUCAGUACAUUUGUAUGAACAAAUUUACAUUGCUUGCGGGUAUUGACGAGUUAACAUUUGAGAUUAUUAUAUAGUUCCUAUAUUGUGUUAAAAAUAAGUAACUAAUGGUAUAGUUAAUGAAGGCUUUUUAAUAAAUUGAUUGGGAAUCAGAAAAUAUGUUUUUAAAUAAACAACCUAGUGGGAUUUUGGACUAUUAAGGCCUUCCAAUGUCUAAUACUAAAUAGUUAUUAGUGCGUCAAAUAGGAUUUAUUACAAAAAAUACUUUUAAUAUAUAAAAAUAAUUAAGCCUCAUUUAUUCCUGGAAUCAUUUACAAAAUAUACAAUAAUAUACACAAAAAAAAAAAUUUUUUUUCAUAAACCUCCUAAAGAUAGCCUCUCCCACUCGUUUUUAAGGUUCUUGAAAAAAAUUCGCCCUUAAGUUUUUUGCAAUAGUGCAUGAAUUACUUUUGUUUUGUUUAUUAUUUCUGUUCUUCUUCUUAUCUUGUCCAGUUUAUUAUUAUCUUUAUUUUAUAUGAGUACACUACGUUCCAUUCCACAUCAUUUACGCGUAUCGAAGACUCUCUUUUUUAAGUAUAUUGGUAUCUCUGCUUUUCCAUGACAUCCUAGAUUGCCUUUUUCGUCAGAAGAAGAUAUAGAAUAAUGUACAUAAAUGUUAAUUUUUACGGCUGUAAAUUAAAUAGUAUUCAGUUAAUAUUCUUGCUUUUCAAUAAUUUAGGUUACUAUACAUGUUAUUAUUAUUUUUUGUGCUUUGCAAUGAUUAGUUAGCAGUAAGUAUUUACGAGAAAUAAUAUGGACUUAUAAAUCAAUAUGGCUGCUCCUUUGUUUCUCGAUGAAUAUUUACUGGUGUAAUGUUUGAUGAGCGUCUGAAAUAGGCCUCACUAGAGUGUCGCGGUGCUUCACACAGUAUUGAGUAAUGAAAAUUAUUAUUAUUUUCAUUUUUGAAAUCAUUCUGAAAUUGUAAGUCAGUCUUUAAAAAAAAAAUAUUUAGAUAGUUAAAAUGUGUAUAGCAAAAUAAGAAAUUGUAUUUUUUGCAACGUAUCUGCUUGGAUUUAACGAAAGGGAGACAACUUUUCAACAAACGUGCGUUUCAACUAGGGCAUCGAAACUCGGUUCAAUUCUGAAAACCCGGGUUUUCGGGUCUAAGAGUAAUCAAAACCCGGGUAGACCGGUUUUUUCGAGCAUUUCGAUCUUUUGGCCUCAAUCAAUUGUAAGCAUUCAUGAACCCGUGAGCGUAUGAGACCUAGAUUUCGAAAACUGCUAUCCCUUGCAAAAUUUGGUGAAAGUAAAGUGAUCCCUAUCUAUAUAUCUUCUAUUUUUCAUAGAUGUCCAUUCAUCGAAUGAUAUCGAAAACUUCUUUUCAUCUGACAGUAUAAUUUUUAUCUCGUUUAUUAUUUCUAGCUUCCUUUUAUCAAAGUCUUUGAAAAUUAUGUGGCGAACGGUAUCAGCAGUAGUUGGUAAUUUGUUGCCGGUCUUUUCAGAAAGGUACUUUAAAUCUUGUGAUUUUGAGAACGUUCUAAGAGAAAUUCCAUCAACUGCAGCCAUAUGAGACACCAUAACCUGCAUACUUGGGUUGGCAUCUGUCUCAAAUGGUGCCGGUAUUCAUCACCCGCGCAACGAUACACCCUCCCCUCUCAACUGCUCCACAGUUCACCCCUCUCAUGUCCUGAGAUGGACGCGCAUUUAACUUGCAUGUCUUGUUUAUGGGUAGGAACGUAGCAAGGAAGCUACUUUUUGUGUCAUAAAUAAUAAUUUAUUAAAGCGAAUUUUUAUUCAAUUUACUUAUUAUUGCAUUCAAAGUGCUUUAAACUUAAUAAACAACAAAAACAAAAGUAUAAAAAAAAACCCGAAAAACCCGAAAACCCGAGUUUAAAAAAUUGAAACCCGGUUUUUUUUGUAAUCCUCAGAACCGGGAAAACCCGGGUUUUUACGGCCCGGGUAAACCCGGUCUCGAUGCCCUAGUUUCAACAGAUUAACUAAGAUAUCGCGUUUGGUUAACUUUCGAAUUGUGUUCGUUCGAAUAGUAUUCGUGUAGUAAACUAUGAACCUGACAUGUGAUGAUGACAAUACGUGCCAAAAAUGAGCGACUGAUUGAAGGAAUUCGUUACAUAUCUUUAGCAAACAUAUUCGAAGGAUAAGUUUUUUCAUAAAAAACGUAGUGAUUUAAAAUAUGUACCUAUAUUAUGAAUUAUUUCAAAGUUCUUAAAUUACUGUUAGAAGUAAGUUAUGUUUUUGUACCUAUUUAUAUGAAUAAAUAUUUUUGAUAAGUUU